ACAAAGUAAAUAUUUAGUUCCAUUUUGUCUAUUCUUUAUAGUAUUGGAAGUUCGUAUUUUGAAAUUUGAUUGAUAUUUUUUAACAUUUUAGUUCAAAAAAAUAAAACGUUAUUUAAAUUGUUGAGUGCAGAAAAUAAUUUUAUGGGCAGAUUAGCGUUGUUGAGAUACUCUGAGGAUCAAAACCUAACAUUUCUUAGGAAAAGUAUUUGCGACACUAUAAUUGAGUAUGAAUUAUCGCAAUCAUUGAACUCGAAUUUCCCUCUUACUAUAAACAAUGACAAAUAUAUAGAACUGGCCAAUUCAGUUGUAGAGCUUUUCAAAAGAGAAAAAAAAGAACUGUACCACGAACCCGCAUACUCGUCGCAGAGGACAGUUAAUGGAAAAAAAAUUAUUGAAAGAAAGAAUGCAACUGGUUUGUUCCACAAUUCUAAUGAGCGAUUAAGAGAUUUCUUGCGAAAAAGCAAUGUCGUAAAUGUGGUCAAUGUUCUGAGACAAGAUAAUACUAGUAUUCAAGAAGAGCCACUAGAACUUGAUUUAUCCGUAUUAGAGAAAACGACGGAUGUUUUAGAGAUCGGAAAACAAAAAGAAAUCGAGGCAGUUUGGAUAAAAAGUAAAUCGCACAGGUUCACAACUACUUUUAUGAAUCAAAGUGGUUUAGGCAUCAUAAAUACUUAUGGAAUUUUACGAACGCAACUCGCUCCAAAACUGAUCUGUUUAGACUUUCGAGAUCAUUUUUCUGCACAAUACGUAUUUAACACCGAUGAAAUAUUGUUGUCAAAUCGAUUAAGUCAUAAGUGGCCAAUAUUAGCAGAACAAAUCAUUGCAGUUGCAAAAAGUAAUUGCGCGAAGUUACAGGAUAAAAGGACUUCAAUCGCAGAUCCGGCCGUUAUUCCCGAUUAUAAUGAUUUGCAUUCAGUAUUGAAAGCUAAUGAAAUUUUGCAGGAUAAAGGACAUAAAAAUAGUUUAGCAUUUUUAUUGCUUAUAUCAUUGCUGAGGCGUCCUUUUAAGAGGCCAAAAAAUUGUACUUGGACAUUAACGUUAGGAGACGCGAGUAAAUUUUAUAUCCAACAUAUUCGGGAUCACGAACAUUUUGAUGAUGGUAUUACAGAGCAUCGUGCGAAAUUUACAGAUAGUUACUUCAAAGACUUACCGUUCGCCGUAUUUUGUGGUCCUUUGUCUUCCUUACAAUGCUGCCAUGUAGUAAUUGAUGAUAUACGCUAUCAUUUUAACAACUGUAUCGAUGCAAAAGAUUUUCUUUUCAAAUUUUGUAUAGUAUUAAAAAUAGAUUACCCAGUUAUUACCACUCAUUUGUGGGCCUUCUUUCAAACGCAUGUUUUUGAAAUAAUCAAAGAAAGGACUGUAAAAGUCAAGAACAAACAGAAGGACAAAUUUCAAAUAGUAGUUGGACUUGGAGGUCAACAAGAAGCUACAGAGGUUCAAGAGGAAGAGGAAGUCAUAGAGGAUCAAGAGGAAGAGGUGCUUAUAGAGGCGCACAUCACUCCCAGGCAGAAGCAAGCAACAAACAAAACACAAGUCGCUGGAACGAGUCAAGCAGAGACGACAACACAGGCGCAUGGAUAG